AUGCACAGUGUUUUUCGUGUCGAUGAUAUCAAGCAGGCAGUCAGCAACAGUCGUCUAUGGGAAGUUCAAUUAAGUCUCACAGGCGACAAUGAUCCACAAUUGGCUACUCUUACUGAACGCAUAAAAUGGGAACUCUAUGGAUCCACAGGAUGGCACCGAUUGGGUGAUCUAAUGCUCAAGUCACCAUGUAAUAUAAAUAAUGGUGGUUGUAGUUAUAUAUGUAAAACAUCAGCUGGUAAUCAAGUUGAAUAUGUUUGUCCAAGUGGACAACAAUUAAAAUUAGCUAAUGAUCGACGAAUGUGUGUUUCAGAAUUUCGAUGUAGAAAUCGUCGCGCUAUACCAUAUUCUUGGGUAUAUGAUGGUCAACGAGAUUGGUAUCAAUGGUACUGA